GCGAUCUUGAGUGAUUUUUGUACGAAGCUCACAUACAGCGUGAGCCAAUAAAAAACCACACAAGACGUCAGACUCCGAAGCCGCUGAUUCUAUAUAAAAGAUCCGAUCGACUCGGUGGCAAUAAUCAGUAACACGUUACCUUUUGUCUCGAGAACCCAUCUCCGGAAUAUAUGAGGAAGGGGAUUUCGCUGUGAUCUCGCGAUCUCGGAGUCGUAUUGAAGUUGUUGUAUAUUUUUGGGGGAAGAAACUCAUCUCGACGCGUUUGUUUCAAAUAAUAUAUUUCCCACACAUUUUCCACCGCAAAAAGUCCACCUUUAGAGUGAAGAGGGAGAUAUAUGUAUAAAUCCGCAUCCAAAGUGAUCGUGCAGUGAAUUGAUCAUCGUCGUGAUUUUCACGAAAACGUGCGCGUGUUUUUAUGGGGGAGAGGAGAAAAAGAAUUACCAUCUUGGAAGCAUCCCAAGUUAUCUGGCGAUCGCACUGAGCCCAUAUUAUUUCUGGUGUUUGUGUGUCUUGUUUUUCCUUUUUGCAUUGCGCGUGAGUGCGAAAAAAGGUGCAAAAAAUUACAAUAAAACGUAAACAAGUCGUGAUAUUUGCAAUAAAUAGCAACUUUUUUCCAACAUAAACUCUUGAGUGCAGUGCUGAAGGUGAUCUUUAUCCCCCAAAACGAUCACCAACGGAUCAGUGCUACUGGUUGUGGCGGGAAAUUAGUCACAGGAAGAUAAUAAUGGAAACGCUGGUGAGAAAAUCUCACCAUCAGAGACAACCUUCUCUGGGGAAAUCAAUGCCAAUGUCAUCGCUGAUCAUUGAUCUCAAUGGCGGUAAAAAUAUCACAAUCACGCAAGACGGACGGUCGCCGGACAGGGAGGCCACGAUCCUCUUUCCGGUGGCCGAGGAGCCGGAGAGCGAGGCCCUGAGGAUGGAUCUCAUGAAUCCCAUGCUCGCUGAGGCGCUCACAAAGACGUCCAUGCUCACAUCUCCGGCCGCUCGCAGGCGUCUCGUGGCCAGAAAGAUGGAAAUGGACGCCAAUGCGUACAUCUCUGGUCACCAAGAUGACCUGGAUUAUGUCCCGCCUCGGGAUCUUCUCGUCUAUCUCGUGAGGAUGGGCUCCUUCAACUCCACACCCAAGUUCAACAAUGAGGACAACCAGGAUGACGAUGUGGAGAUUCCGGCUGGGCUCACGACCAGCGAUCUGGUGCAUCACUGUCGCAUGAUGCGAGGCGAUCAGCGUCCGCAGUUGCUCACGCGCUACUUCCUCAACCCAACAGAUCGCUGCUUCGCCUCGCAGGACAUCGCGAAUGGCAUGAGGCUGCUGAAUUUGGACGCCGUGUCGAAGAUCUGCAGUGCCCCGGUGUCCUCGCCGCGCCACAUCCGCGUCCUGCAGUGGAACGUGUUGUCUCAGUCGCUGGGCCAGAAGAACGACGGCUUCGUCAACUGUCCGGAUGAGGCGCUAACGUGGGAGUGUCGCAAGUACCAGAUUGUCCAGGAGAUUGUGCAGAACGAUCCGGAUGUGGUGUGUCUGCAGGAGGUGGACCACUUCAAGUUCCUCCAGAUGACGCUGGGCACUCAGAACUACGAGGGCGUCUUCUUCCCCAAGCCCGACUCCCCGUGCCUGUACGUGCAGUCCAACAAUGGGCCGGACGGGUGUGCCAUCUUCUACAAGAGGAACAAAUUCGAUCUCGUCAGCUGCUCCACGCGCAUCCUGCAGGUCUGGCGCGUGCAGAGCAACCAGGUGGCCAUCGCGGCCAUCCUGCGGGUCCGGCAGUCCGGGAAGGAGCUCUGCGUGGGCACCACCCACCUCAAGGCGCGCCACAGUGCUCUGCUGUCGAAGCUGCGGAAUGAGCAGGGCAAGGAUCUGCUGCGCUUCAUGUCAGAGGCGUCCGGAGACAGGCCCGUGAUCUUGUCCGGAGACUUCAAUGCCGAACCCGUGGAGCCUGUGUACAGUACAAUCCUCAAUUACGUCCCACUGGGACUGUCGAGUGCCUAUGCGGACGCCGUGGAGGAGGAUCGCAGCCUGCCCACAGAGGCGCACACGGAUUGCCAUCGCAGCGAGGAGAGUCUCACGAGGCCGGAGGUGUCAGCCCGUCGUGAGCCACCGUACACAACGUGGAAGAUCAGGGAAGACGGAGAAGUCUGUCACACCAUCGACUACGUCUUCUACUCCAAAGAUAAAAUGAAGGUUAACAAUUGCCUCAUGUUUCCUCAAGAUAACGAGAUUGGAAAGGAUCGCGUGCCCAGCUUCCAGUAUCCAUCCGAUCACUUCUCCCUCGUGUGCGACUUUGAGCUGCACGAGGGUGAGGAUCACUGAUUACACACAUCCGAAUUAUCCUUGUCAGCUCUUAGUCCGCGGUGAAGGAUUUUCCAUUAGCAGGCGAAAGGACGUUGCUCAACGGUUGAAAUGAAAAAUGCUGGAGAUUAAUUAUUACUUUUACAACAUGCAUUGCAGGAUUUAUGUGAUUUUCCAGAAGAUGAAGCAUAUUAUUUCACACUGUUGUUCUCUACAAUGUAAAUAAUAAAACUACUUGGAUAUUUAUUAUUUUGAUAAAAACUGGAGAAAGAUGUUGAAUUGAGGAUUGUUGGAAGAAAUAAAUUAUUUUUCUAUGAAAAAAAA